AUGCCGAAAAAAGAACCAAUUCACGGCUUAUUUGCCGUUAAUAAACCUAGCGGAAAAGCAGUUAAGCAAGUUUUACAACAUAUAAAUCAUACAUUUCGCCUACAUGCUGAAAGAACUCGACCAGAGAUGACAAGAAGACAAGUAGUAUCUUUAGGUACUUGUUUUACCCAAACAAAAUAUUGGAGUUCAGGAGUAUGUGUUGUCGGAGUAAAUCAGGGUUGUAGAUACUUGAAAUCUCAAGAAAAAAUGAAUGAGAGAUAUCAUGCAACAGGAAUAUUAGGAUUCUCUACUAGCACCAAAGACAUUGUUGGUGAAGUAAUUGAUACAGCAUCGUCAUCACAUAUAACACGUCAACAAAUAUUAAACAUCCUGCCAAUAUUUCAAGGAAAAAUAUAUCAAGAAGAAUUCAAGAUACCAGAAACACAACCAUUUGUUAGACCACCAUUUAUUAAAGAUUUUGGUUUGUUGUCAAAACGACAGAAAAAAAAAAUUAUAAACCAAAAUUAUAGAACACCACCAACCACACCGACAACACCAAGAGUUGAAAUACAAAGUCAAAAAAUUAUUCAUUCAGUGAAAUUAUUGGAGUUUACAAAAGUACAUAAAUACAAACCACCGAUCCUAAUCAACACUUUGAAACCUACGGACGCUUUGAAUUUUGAUUUUGGUCAUUCUCAAACAUUAGAAACAUCAGAAACAUCAGGAAUAUCUGAAAAGGAUAUGUUAGAUACAUUAGGGUUUCCAGAUGAAUCAACACCUAUCAACACAUCGUUAAAUACUUUAAUCAAUUUAUUAGGUAAAUCCGAUAAUCAUCCUAUUUUUAAAAUUGAUGUUGAAUGUAGUUCGGACGCGCCGAUUGGUCACUUAAUUGAUGAUAUUGGACAUAGAUUAGGUAGUGUAGCAUUUUUAACGGAACUAGAAAGAGUCAGGCAAGGAGAUUUUGAGUUAUAUAAUGAUACACUCGAGUGGGAAGAAUUAGAAAGAUUUGAUAAUAUAUACGAUGCACUUAAUGAUUGGAUUAGGAAAGUUAGAAAUAAGGAACUUGAACUCGGGUGA